AUGGUAACAAUCCUAUCAUUUCCUGUUCAACAACAACAUGCAUCAAAAUCAUACAUUAGGACAAGCAAUUUUCCUAAACACUUCGGGUUAAAAACGCAUAUGAAUCAAAUGUUCGAUUGGUGUAAUAAGUUUCGAAUUAUACAUGUGAAGAUAUUACUAGUUUGUAUGUUUUUUGGCUAUUGGCUACCUUUAAUGAACAGCACUUCAGCAGAGAUGUUGGAAUUAUCAUCGUAUAGUAUUAAUGGAUCCUUGACAAAGGAUGAAGAGUUCUAUCGAGCCUACGCUAAACGAUGUUUAUUGGUGCCACCUUCAUUGUUAUCAGUAACUUCUAUUGAUAAUAUUAAUAGCUACAAGUCCAUGAAAAUAUUAAUCGUCUUACUAAUUGGUGGAUCCUACAUAUUCAUGAUGGGGGCGCAUAUCAUAUCUACACCUGAAUCUGAUUUUCCACUAGAGAAUCCUUACAUGUGGUUUUGUUGGUGUCUUAAGAUACUUAUCUAUCUUGUCGGCUCAUCUAUAUGCCACCAACUGGCUAGUGCACUAGCAUGUCGACCGAUGGAAAUUCUCUAUGAUUUACGAUACAUAUCAAUGCUCAUCAUGCAAAUCAGCGGCUUCUUCAUUUGUCUAUCGUUUGCUUUUCUCCUCGGUGUCAAGUUUGCAUCAAUCAAGACCGAACAUCGAUUAUCAAAAUGUUCUACUAGAGUUAUAAUAGUGUAG